AUGUUGGAUAUUAAGCAGUUACUGAAGGAAGCUAAACGGGAAUUGACCAAUCGUGACUAUGAAGAGACCAUCGAAAUAUCAGAAAAGGUCCUUAAAUUAGACCCUGAUAAUUACUUCGCACAUAUCUUUCUAGGGAAGGCAUUUUCGAGUCUUCCAGCUAGCAAUGACGUUAGUUCAAAUCUUAAUCUGCAAAGAGCUACUACCCAUUACAUAUCUGCUACGAGGUCAGUUCCUAAUAACCUUUUAGCGUGGAAGGGACUUUUUCUGUUAUUUAAGACCACUGAAGUUGUCCCUGAUACACUUUCGUACGAUGAAUAUUUUGAUUUGUGUGGCCAAUAUGCAGAUGCACUUUUAAAGCAGGAACAAUCUCAAGUAGAACUAAUAAAUGACAUAAAACUGUUAAAAAAAACACAUCCAGAUUGCCAAAGGGCCUUUUAUCAGCAUUUGAAACCUGGGUCGCUAAUGGCAGAAACCAUUGGUCGUCAUCUAUCUACACCCCAGGACGCUUUAUUAAACCUUAUAAAAAUAUUGGCAAGUAUUGAAACCACGGAAAUUGGAAAGACCCUUAGUCAGAACAGGUUAAAACUAAAAGCUAGUGAUCCAGAUUAUCAAAUCAAACUAAACUCAUUCUCGUGGGAAAUAAUUAAAAAUUCAGAAAUUGAUCAGCUAUACAAUCAGUUGGUAAACAUCCUCGCCGAUGAUCAGUUGAGAAGUGAAAUUGAGAACCAGUGGUUAGAAUAUAGAAUCAAAGUGUUAAAAUCAAUGCCGCUCGAUGUAAAAAAGGAUUUUUUCACAAAAGUGAAGGAAAUGGUCGAAGAUAUGGUUCUUGUGAAUCAUCAAUCUCUACUUGCGUGGCAAAAGUUUUUUGAAUGGACGGAUUACGAAGAUUUGGACAACAUGGAUGCUGCAUUGAUACUAAAGUACUUUAAGAAAUUUCCUAAAGAUCCAUUGGCCAUGAUCCUUUAUUCUUGGCUUUCUUCAAAAUUAUCCAAAUAUGAUAUCAAAAGUUUGGAAUCCGCUAACCAAUCACCUGAAAGUCAAAAUAAGGGGACGAAGGAAACAGAUAUCAAGGACAUAGAUGAGGGAAAUGAAGAUAAAGUUAAAGAUCAUGGUGAAGAUGAAAGCAAAAACCAAAAUGAGAAUGAGAAUGACGCAAAAGAAGAUGAAGAGGAGGACCUUGACGACAUAGAAAUUGGUUUAUUAGAAGAAGAAGUUGUUACUGUAUUGACGGAGAAUAUUGUCAAGUGUAAAAAUAAUAUUUUGGCGCAUCGGAUUCUCUGUCAAUAUUACUUACUGACCAAGGAGUACGAGGCAGCUUUACCGUACAUUAAAAACGGUAUUUCUUUGAUUGCCUAUAAUAUAAAGGAUCUGGGGGUUUAUUUACCAUUAACCAAAAGAGAAUUCUCUCUGGAUUUGGCCACUGUUUAUACAUAUGUGGAUGCUCCAAAGGACCACAAUGCUGCGCUAAGAUUAUAUGAUAAUAUUUUAUCCGGUGAUUCUGACAAUAUACAGGCAAAAAUGGGUAAGGGCAUAAUUUUUAUUGAAAGGAAAAAUUGGAAAGAUGCUAUGACAUUACUAACUCAGGUGCAUGAACAAUCACCUGAUAACCUAGAAGUUUUAUCCGAACUGUCAUGGAGUAAGGCCCAUAUGGAUUAUACGGACGAUGCAUUAGCCGGCUUAGAUACCGUCGUCAAGGGUAUCAAAGGCAUGGAUUUACGUUCAAUAGAUUUCAGAGCAUUAAACUUAUGGAGGCAAGCCAAAGUUUACAUUAUGAAACAUGCUUCCAUCAAAGAUACCAAACAGGAAAAUAUCAAGUGCGCAUUCAAACUACUCAUUCAGAGUAUUAAAAUAUUGGACACUUUUGCCCCCGGAUUUUCAACACUGGGAGACAUCUAUUGCCACUACUAUAAAGACCAUUUAAGAGCCUUCAAAUGUUACUUCAAAGCCUUCGACCUGGACGCGGGAGAUUAUACAGCCGCAAAGUAUAUUACCGAAACGUAUGCAAGCAAGCCCAAUUGGCAAGCAGCCUCUUCCAUCGCUUCAAGAUUGAUCAAAAGUGAAAAGGCAAAGGCACAACUACGUUCGAAUAAUUGGCCAUUUAGGGCUGUGGGGAUUGCUCAUUUGGAAAAGCAAGAAGAAAGUGAUUCAAUUGAGUGGUUCCAAUCUGCUUUACGUGUCGACCCGAAUGAUGUGGAGUCAUGGGUCGGCCUGGGACAAGCAUACCACGCGUGUGGUCGUAUAGAAGCAUCAAUCAAAGUUUUCGAUAAGGCAAUUCAAUUAAGACCCUCUCAUACUUAUGCCCAAUACUUUAAAGCUAUUUCUCUAUGUGACGUAGGUGAAUACCUUGAAAGUUUAGAGAUACUGGAAAAGGUAUGUCAAGAAACCGCUACAGAAGAAUCAUUCCAAAUUGGUUUAGUGGAAGUGCUUAUGAGGUACUCUUUGGAUUUAUAUUCACAGGGAUUCUUGCUCAAAUCAGUUGCAAUUGCAAAUGAUACUAUCGAAAGAAUCAAGAUAAUCAUCACUGAAUUGAAAUGCGUUAACCAACAGGUUUGGAUUUGCCUUUCACAAGUUCUGAGAUUAUUUAUUUGGAUAGAGUCAAAGGUAGAUACUUUACCCGUUGAAUCGCUAGUAUCAAUUUUUGAAAGUUCUGAACUUACUGGAAGUGAGGAAAUUGAUUCCAUUGACAACAUCAAAAUCGACACACUACUUGAUAGUACCACCGAUGAUAACGUGUCCAUUGCGUGUAAGUUUUUGAUCCUAGCUUCAAAAUAUAGCGUUUCGAAUCAAAACUUUUCUGAUAUAGCAGGAACGGUUAGAGCUUCAUACUGGUAUAAUAUCGGUAUCUCAGAGCUCACGGCAUUCAUAACAUUGAAGGAGCCACAGUAUAGAGAUGCUGCCAUUUUUGCUUUUAAGAAAUCUAUUCAGUUACAAUCUAAUACAAGUGAAACUUGGAUUGGGCUAGGAAUAGCUACUAUGGACAUUAACUUUCGCGUAUCUCAACAUUGCUUCAUCAAAGCAACUGCUUUGGAACCUAAAGCCGCAGAUGUUUGGUUCAACUUAGCUAUGUUGGGUUUAAAGAAAAACGAUACUGAGUUUGCUCAACAGGUUCUCAAUAAAUUACAGAGCCUUGCACCACAAGAUUCAUCACCUUGGCUAGGUAUGGCCUUGAUCUUCGAGGAACAAGGAGACGUUAUCGAAAGUUCUAAACUGUUUGCGCACUCCUUCAUAUUAUCUAAUGGAAGAUCAAAGGCUGCGCAAUUUCUAUAUGCCAAAAAUGUUCUUGAAAACCACAUUAAUAAUGGCGAUGAUGAAAGAGAUAUUGAAACGGUGGAAAGGCUAACCGCUGCUUCAAUAGCUUUAGAGCAGUUCUUCAAGAAAAGUCCUGAUAAUUCAUUUGCUCUUCAAUGUGCUCUGUUAACUCUGGAAAGGUUACAUCACUAUGAAAAUGCAAGCGAACUGGCUAAUCGGUUGAUAGGAAUUUUGGAGAAAAGGUUUGAGAAAACUCAAGAUGAAAAAGAACUGUUUACCUUUGCUAUAAUUAAGGGACAAUUUGCCCGUAUCCAUCUAGGUUUAGGGAACUUUGAACUCUCUAUUGAAAACGCAGAUCUUUCUCAAGGUAUCAUAUCUGAAUCUAGGGACGAAAAAUCAAUGAAAACUAAAAUAUCUAAUCACAUUUGUUUAGGACUAAGUUAUUUCUUUUUAAAUGACUUCGAUCAAACUUUGAACCAAUUCCAAGAGCUAUUAAGUGUUUCAAAGGAUUCUAAGCAUUUGGUGAUUUUAAUCGCAAAGGUGCUUUAUGAUGUAGGUGAAUCUGACACAAAGGAAAUUGCCUUACAGGAACUAACAGAAUAUAUAACCAUUAAGGGAGCGGACUUGUUAAUAACACUAACGAUUGCGGCCAUGUCAAUUCUGGAAGACAAGCAUGAAGAUUUGAAUAUUAUUUUAGAUGAAUUGAAAGCCUUGCCAUUAUCCAAACAAAUAAUGGAUAGGCACAAAGACGCGCCAUAUCUGAUAGAAGAAAUUACUAAAAGACUUUAUCAUAAUGAUUCCGGCAAACAAGUAUGGCAAAGGAGUGCAUACUUUUUCCCUAAUAAUCUCAAGGUUUGGGAGAGAUUAAACAAGAACAUUCAACGUAAAAUAGCUUCUGAUGGCCAAAAUAAAGUUACUGCGGAGGAGAUGAGUAAAUUAUACUGUGAGAGUAAAAAUUUGAGAAGCAUUCAAAGGGGCGUGUUUCUAUGCCCUUGGAAUGUUACUGCAUUGAAGGCGCUAAACGAAUGUUUUUAG